UCAAGAAGUCGGAGCACCCCAUCAACUCCUGGAUCGACGACCCGCUCAAGGAGGAACACUUACGGGAUUCAUCCUAUCGUUCCAGUCCCACUUGAACUUACAGUUGGUUGCUUAUACGCAACGUGCUUCUUUGCUGCAGGUGUCUAUUUUAUUUCACCUAUACCAAGAAUGACGCUGCAGAGCUCUCGGAUAAAGCAGCCUUUGAGUCUCUGUAUUCUGAGACCGAAGCCAGAACCAACAGACGCAUAUUCGUCAGCAGCAUAUCCAAACGGUGAAACAGUCAGUGCUUUUCUGGAUCCUCAGGAGAAUGCCCAAUUAGAUUCAAAAGCUCAGUGUACUUCUGGUCGGUUGUUGAAAACUGAACAAGACGCUUCUGUGAGCCCUUCGGAUGUAUGUUGCAGAUGGGCGGUUGGGACAGUGAUGCCACGUUCCAUUUCUCAGCAAGAAGAACGCCCCCAUGUGUGUAACCAAUGUGGUAACUCGUUUCCCAGGAGGCACAAUUUGCAAAGGCAUAUCGCUACUGUACAUUUGGAGAAGCGGCCCCACGGAUGCGAGCAUUGCGGCAAACGUUUCUCCCAGGAGAGUGAUUUGAGGCGACACUUUGACUCCAUACAUUUGAAAGAGCGACCUCACAAAUGCAAGUAUUGUGAGAAAACUUUUUCUUUAUUGAGUACUCUCCGUAUUCACGAAAAAUCUGUUCAUUUGAAACAACGUCCCUAUAUUUGUGAACAUUGUGGCAGAUCGUUCUCUAUGAAGGACAAUAUGCGAAAUCACUUCAACUCUGUUCACCUAAAAAAGCGGCCUCACCAAUGCAAGUACUGUGAGAAAACGUUUUCUCUUGCAGGUAAUCUCCGGAUCCACGAGCAGUGUGUUCACCUAACGGAGCGCCCUUACACAUGCGAACAGUGUGGUAAAUCGUUUUCCCAUAAGUGCAUUAUGCGAAAACAUCACAAAGCUGUUCAUUCAAAAGAUGGACACAGCUUCGACUGAUAACGCAGUCGCACAAAUGGGAUUGAAACAGUAGCGGCAGAUACAAGUCACUUCAUAGUGUGGCGAUGUCCUGCAAUACAUGAGGCGUGAUUGGAACGAAGUUCCUCAAUUCUGUGGUCUCCCAAUGUGAAUGGACACAGGCGCUAUUUUGACGUUUACCUGCUAUUGGCUUUUUGCAGACACACAUCAGAUAUCGACAUGAAUAUGCCUGCAGCACUCUGUGGAAAUUACCCUCUGUUUGCAUUUGGCUGCCGCCGCCACUUUUGCCAGUACUUUUGAUACAUCUCUACUUUUGUACCUAAUUUUGUCUUUUUCUGUCUGUCGCGAUGUGUUGGUCAAGCAAGGCGUUACAGUUAUAAUGCGGUAAUGUGUUGCAGGUCAGUUUGAACUACGUAAGUUCAGUGAAAACGUUCGCAACAUGAUCAAACGUGUACUUCUGGACUC